AUCCAGCAUCGAUAUCUCAAAUAAGUGAAAAUGUGAUAGUGAACCCAAAAGAAGACGCCACUCUCUCCUGUACUGCAGAUGGCAAUCCUCUGGCUGACGACACCAUUACAUGGAAAAGAGAUGAUUUCCCGGAAUUCGCUGCCCGAACUUCAGUGAUGUAUGACAAAAAUGGCACCUCUUAUCUCAGGAUAUCAGGCGUUACACGAGAAGAUCUGGGUAACUUUUUGUGUGUCGUUAACAAUGGAGUGGGAAACGCAACCUCGAAAGAAGUUAUGUUGAUUGUUAAACAUAAGCCAGAGAUCGAUGAACAACCACAAUAUUUGAAGUUUGCCACUGAUGCUGGUGAUACUGGGAAGCUGAUAUGUAGAAGUAGAGCAUCUCCAUUGGCAAGAUAUACAUGGGCUAGAAAUGGGACUCCCAUCACUUCAAAUACGACUGGAAAAUAUUACAGCACAUACAGACAA